UAUGUAAGCACGCAAAAAGUGCCCAUGCUCUAUUGCUUAAUUGUAAAACUGUCCAACCUUUAACUACUUCUCAUCAUACUGUUUUCUUUUGAUCCAUAGAUUUCUUUCGCUGAUUAAACAGGAACAAAAUGAAUGGAACGCUACUUGUUUCCCCUCUGUUCAGAAACGUCUCUCCACCUAAUAGCGGAUCAGACUUUUCAGGCAAAAUCCACGUCUUCAGACCUCUUAACCCGUCAGUGAAACUCGCACUGAUGCUAUUUUUCGUUGCCAUAGCGAUAAUAGCCUUUGGAGGAAAUGUGCUAGUGCUACUAUUCAUGAAGACCAAAGAUAGGACAACUUCCUUUAUGAAAGCAUGUGACUUUCAGAAGAACUUUAACUUUUAUAUUAAGAGUUUAGCCACCUCAGAGGUUCUAGCCAGUACAAUUCCACUUCCCUAUUUAAGCGUCAAUUUAAACUUCGAUUUCUUGCAAAGAGGCUGGCCUUGUAAAAUAGGACGGUAUGUGGUCUUCCUGUUUCCUUGUGUAACCGGUGACAACCUGUUAGUCGUAACCGUGGGGAAGUAUCUUGCAACUCGUCAAGUACCUCGCACGUUUAGUGCCCCUACUAUUAAGAAAGUGGUUUUUGUUGCUUGGUUAGCGGGGUUUCUAUCUGCUUUAUUUCCAGCCGCCAUCAUGGACGGGAUAAGGCAUGAUUUAAACGAUACACAUUACACAGUGAUUUGCAAGUAUGACAAUACAUAUCUUCCCUUUAGGAUUGUCUAUGUAACUUUUACAACUCUGCAAUACAUUAUGCCAUGUUGCAUUCUAAUUAGGAUAAAUAUUUCGCUCAUAAUGACUUUAUGGAGAAGAACAAAGAGAACUGUGGAUGUGCAGAAAGAUAAUGGCGUCAAGGCAAUGGCAAGGGCUGCUAGAACCCGCGCUAUAUAUAUUGUUAUUGUUCUAACAUUUGCAUUUGUCACCCCUUACUUCGGUUACUUUGUUUAUGUUUUCUACAACAUGGUAGCUCAGCCAGACGUUAGUUUUGAGACCAACCAGGUUAUCCGUACUGCAAAUACCAUAAUAGUUUAUUCAAAUAGCGCUAUUAACCCGAUAAUAUAUUUUGUGCAAAUGAAAGAUUUUCGAGCCUUCUUGAAGGAAAAGUUCAUUUCAAGAUUCUUGACUUAAACGCCGCCGAGCUUUAACGGUUACUGCAAAGGUCUCCUUUACAGCGAAGACAUGGAUCUGGUGAAAGAAUAGUUGAAAAAUCGACAAUUGUGCUUGGGAAAAAAAAGGUUCUAUGAGAUAAAACCUAAUAACAUGCUAUCUGUUCAGUUUUAUAUUCGGGAACCACUGUAAUGAAAAAGAAAAAAAAAUUCACUCUACAAUAUACCACUGCAAAUCGUACAAGCCUGUACUAUUUACUUUCAGAGGUACAAAAGAAUUCGGGGGCAAUUGAAAAGAAAUAAAAAAUGAUCUGUGAUGCUGUAGCUGUCCAUUCUUCCCUCGGAAUGGUGAAGGUCAAUUUUCGUCUUUCAAGAAAUUCUUCAUUUGAAUUAUAAUUCUUAAAUUCCUUUAUGGAUUUAGUACUUUUUUAAAAGCAUAAACAGCAUUGUCGGCCCACUUACCCAUCUGCUUAUGCUAUCCAAUGCCUUUCUAAGAAGAAUAGUAAAAUCUAACAUGACGGAUGACUAUGGCAU